AUGUACAAACAACUGGCCAGGGCAGCUGGAGCUAGUUGGGGUCUACAGCCGGAAAUCAUCAGGACCAUCUACACGGCAGCAGUAGAGCCCACGAUACUGUACGCAGCGAGUGCAUGGGCGCCAGCCGCAAACAAAUUAGGGGUCCAAAAACAGCUAAACGUGGUCCAAAGAGGGUUUGCGCAAAAGUUGUGCAAAGCCUACCGCACGGUCUCCCUAAACUCGGCACUGUUGCUCGCUGGGAUACUCCCUCUAGACAUUCGGAUAAGGGAAGCUGCUUCACUUUACGAAGCGAAGGGGGGAGGGCCCCAGCCAACACUGGGAGAUAGGGAGAUCGAGCGGAUGGCCUCAGCCCUUGAAGCCCCUCACCCCGCAAAAUUGGUGACACUGCAGUACGACAGCAUAGCGGACGACGAAGAAUACAGAAACCGGAGUGAGGAGUUUGCUGUGCGCAUUUUUACCGACGGCAGUAAGAUACAGGGCAAGGUCGGCGCGGCGCUAUCUUUGUGGGAUAGUACCACCGAAACAAAGGCUCUCAAACUUACUUUGCCGUCAUACUGCACUGUCUACCAGGCUGAAUUGUUGGCACUGCAGAAAGCGGCAACUGAAGCACUCAAACGCCGGGAAAACACGUUCGGCAUCUUCAGCGACUCUAUGGCGGCCCUGCAGACAGUCACCAACGUCAGUGCCCCCCAUCCUCUAGCAGUGGAAACAAGGGACACCAUACGCCGCUGCAAGCUCCAGAACAAGAGUGUCUCCUUGUUCUGGAUAAAGGCCCACACAGGAUUGGAGGGCAAUGAGCGGGCUGAUCAACUCGCAAAGGAAGCUGCCCUAAAGUCGAAGAAGAAGCCGGACUACGACCUGUGCCCCAUCUCAUUCGUCAAGCGGCAGAUACGUAUGAGGUCGCUUGACGAAUGGAAUGGGAAAUAUAAAGCCGGAGAAACAGCCUCCGGCACUAAACUGUUUUUCCCCGACGCAAUAUCCGCGUACGGUAUCGUGAGGAAAAUUGACCUCACGUACAUAAGGACACAAAUCUUCACUGGGCACGGUGGAUUCUCCUCAUAUCUGACACGAUUUAAAUGUAAGGAGAAUUCAUCGUGCGCCUGUGAACCUGGAGUCGAGGAAACCGUUGCCCACAUCCUCCUGGAGUGCCCAAUUACAGAGAGAGCACGUUUUGAGACGGAGCAAGAGUUAACAAUGAGCCUUACAGCAACAAACCUCCCAUUUCUAAUGAGAGAUAAAAAAGACCGGCCGAAAUUUUUAGAUUAUUGCGAAAAAAUAGUUAGUUUAGUAAUAAGUAGAAAUAAGUUGUAA